ACUGAUGUGCCAUGCCAAAAUCCAUGCUAAAAUUCAGUACUACCUAAUAAUAUGUACAAGUUAAAUACUAGUUUCCAUAUAGUAACCACUACAAAAAUGGGAGGUUGGGGGUCCAGGGCGAUCGCGAAGGUCCAGGCCAGAGCAGACAGACGCAGGUCCAGGUUGGACAUUCCCGGACCCCAAAGGAACCAGACUCCGCGGCGUGGCGCCCCCGGUGGCCGCAGAGACCCGCGGCCGAUUGGCUCGGGCGUAGCACGCUGAGCGUGCGCGGCUGGCCCCGGGCUCCACGAUGGUGCUGUCGGCUGCAGACAAGGCGACAGUGCGCGCGCUGUGGAAGAAACUGGGUAACAACGUCGGCGUGUACGCGACCGAGGCCCUGGAGAGGACCUUCCUGGCCUUCCCCUCCACCAAGACUUACUUCUUCCACCUGGACCUGAGCCCCGGCUCCGCGCAGGUCAAAGCCCACGGCAAGAAGGUCGCCGACGCACUGACUCUGGCCGUGGACCACAUGGACGACUUGCCCCGAGCCCUGUCGGCUCUGAGCGACCUGCACGCGCAUAAGCUGCGAGUGGACCCGGUCAACUUCAAGCUGCUGACCCACUGCCUGCAGGUGACCCUCGCCCGGCACUUCCCUGGAGAUUUCAGCCCCACCCUGCAGGCCUCGCUGGACAAGUUUCUGAGCGACGUGGUUUUGGCGCUGGCCUCCAGCUAUCACUAAACUGAGGAUGGGUGGUCGCAGGACCCCUCAGCCGCCCCUUCCCGCCACGUUCCAGUGUUUGAGUAAAGUCCCCGAAAGAAACCUGAGCCUGUGGAAUGCGUGUGUUCCCUGGGAGGGCGCGCCCCGGGGCCUGACAGGGCCUGGGGGUAGAGGUCCUGCCCCACCGAAGGGGAGGGUGGGGAUCUGGAGAGGCCUGAGCCGCACUUUCCGCCAGGGCCAGAUCCCGGCGCGCCCCUGGCUCGCGUUCAUCGGACGCCCUGGGCAGCCGAGUGAAGAUUCUGGUCGUCCCCAACCCGGGCGGCCGAGGCGAGUUACGCAGUGGGUCCCAAAUGCUACGUCGUAACUCCGAUCCACCGUGCCCUUGACGGCGGCCACUUGGAGGCGCAGACCCGCAGCUUCCGCCCCUCCGGAGUGGGGUACCAGGUAGGGGUCAUGCGCUUGCCCCCGCUGGCAAGGCCAGGGCCCUCCCCAGGGCUGCUUGCUUGGGUCGACUCCUCUCAGAUGCAGGUACGCGGGACCUGGUCCUUCACCCACCUAAAACCGAAGGCGGCAUGCAGGGCGCAGCCUCUGAGAAAAUGGGGGAGCGGCGCCCCCUGCCGGCCUCGAUCAGACCUGCGCAGAGCCCAACCCGCACAACCCGACACCGCGGCUCUAGAAGGGAAGGGUAUUGGGGAUUUUAGGGAUCAGGGAAGACUGAGGGGAAGCGCGCGUUUGCCAGACUCUGGACCUGGUGGAAGGAGGUGGGUCCUGCCCAGUCACAGAGCAAAGUGGACCAGGGAGCCAGCCCAGAGCCCUGCCUACACCCAUACUUCCAAGGAGACAGACCUCAGAGCUGCUUUCUUUUUAAAAAUUUUCCUCAUAAACUCAAUCAUGGUCACUGUGGAGACUUCAGAAAAUGCAGUGACUACCCGAUUUACUAUACCUUCUUGUGUAUUUCAGUGGCUCCAUUAUUCCUUCAAUUCCCACUUGACACGUGGGAACAAAUGUGUGAACAAAUGGAGCAUAGAUAUGGGAGAUCCAAGAGCAAACGUGUGACACACACAC